CUCCUGGCCGACAGGGGGCGCUCGUCAGUUCCAUGGAUGGUUUAAAGAAAAGGGAAGGGUUUUUGCUUUCCUCUUCUCAGUAUUAUGAAUGAAAGUCUGUGUCCUAAUGUUAGCUAUUAACUAGUCAUUAUCAGAAAAUAUUAACGAAGCACUGAAAGCGAGCUGAACUAAGCUCGAUUAAAUUAGUUCAGGAUGUCUGCGAGUGCUGUUUAUGUCUUGGAUUUGAAAGGAAAGGUAAGAUAACGGAGUGAUGCUGCGCUGCUAAGCUAACGUUAGCCCGGCUAACACAUUCCUCAGUGACACAUUAUGAUGUGGUUGAACCUGCAGCAGCUCACUUUACCCAGCGGAACAGGUUCAUAUGAUGGUAAAGAAGUUUGGCUUCUUAUCCAAGCUCUUAUAGUUCACCUAAUGAAGAUGGUUUAUAUAGUGUAAUGUGAAAAACUGGGGAGUAUAAGGCCACGUAAGUGUAAGGAAAAUAACGGCAGACACGCAGAGUAACUCAGGUGAUCAGACUAACUGAGGUGAUCAGCUGUUUUCUGAGGAGGAUGAUGAGACUUUGAUCAAUUUGUUGUUGAGAAUACUCUAUUCUACACCUCAUUUCCUUCAAACCAGGCCUUUCUUAUUGAGCUUCCUCCUAUUAUCAGCUGUUUCCUUCCUUUCAUCUACUCAGAGUAAAAGAGGGAUGGAAAGAGAACCAAAAUACUCCUCUCAGGUAAAAGUUCAGUGACAUCUUACUCAAGAAGAAGUAAAAGUACUUGUCUGUGGUUAUAACCAUGUAACAGUAAAAUUUACCUUAUCAUAAAUGCACUAUAAAUCCUUAGUCCUGAGUACUUAUUCCUAACUCAUGAUGGUGGAGGUGGGGGAGGAGGAUUAACAACACCCAAAUUGUGUUUAUGUAUAUUUUAUCAAACUAUCUGCUACAGUAUAUGCAGUGAUUUGACUCUAUUCAGGGUAAAACUAUUGAAUACUUUUCUAUGUUGACAGUCUUGCUAUUUGUAAGUCUGUCUUUUACAUUAAAGUGCCGUGCAAAGAAGAUUGUUGUUAUGAGCCAAAAGAAAAAACACUUAAUUGUUGUGAGUAAAAAAGGACAGUUUAGCUCUGGAAGUGUGAAACUGGUGGGAAGUCCUUCCAGUUUUUCCCUCAUCUGAAGAAAGGUGUCAGGGGCCUUCAAAGUGCUUAGUUCACAUUAGGGAUCAUUUAUCAUAGGGCUGGGUGAUAUGGGAAAAGGUUUAUCAUGACUUAUUUUUCUCGAAUCAGUCGAUAUCGAUAUAUGUCACAAUAUAAAAAAUGAAAUUUAACAGUGGCUAUUGGAAGCAUGCCUUUUGCAAUACAAUAAGCUACUGCAUCUGUUGGGUGUUUGUGUCUCAUUAUAGUUUCGUCAUAAGGUGUUGGGCUAGAGAAAGCAGCCUGAAUAGUCGGCUCUUUUGGCUGCACAGGCGCCAUGAGCUCCUUGCUCCUCUCGGGGUUUGUAACCUUUUGCAUUGCGCUUGCUCGGCGGCGUGGCACUGCUUCAGGUAGUGAAAAAGAUUUGAGGUAUUCCCCGACUUUGCGAGAGUAUGUACUCGACAUAACUUGCAGUGCACCUUACUCUGCUUGAUGUCUGAACUCAGAAAAACAAAAUACCUCCACACCACCGAUGUUUUUGUCCCCGUGUUGUCAACAAUAUCAUCAUCUGCUGAGCCUUCGUCUGCAUUUCUGCGGGGGGUAGCACUCAUUUUCUUUUUUCUCACCAACAGUGCUGUCGGCUUCACGUGUUAAAGUGCAACAACUGCGUGUAGCUGUAGCCUGCUACCACGCAGUUGUUUCUAAUUCAGCACAUGAUUGGUUCAGCGCGAAGCAGACCCGGAGCAACUCCCCUUUUCAUUGGCUAUUCGUAUAGUCUACCAAAACAUGGCAAAAUUCCGACUAUCAAAAAGCAUUUUGACUGUAUUUUAUAUUGAUAUUGAGGAAAAUUAAUUUAAGAUACAUCGUUAUCGUUGUAUUGCCUAGCUCUGAUUAAUCAUAUUCAUACUUUUAUGUGUGCUUGUUUAUCACACUUUGUAAUGCUGUUGCAAAAUUGAGCAGUGUCAUCGCACAGGUCAUUUCUCAUAGCCUGCAGGCCGAGAUAGUACUGAUGUUCUCAGAAAUACUGUCAUGACACUGCGCCUGUUCUGUGUAAUGUGUUCCUUCAGGUCCUUGUGUGUCGAAAUUACCGCGGAGAUGUGGACAUGUCAGAGAUCGAGCACUUCAUGACCCUGCUGAUGGACAAAGAGGAGGAGGGGACGCUCUCUCCAAUCCUGGCCCACGGAGGAGUUCGUUUCAUGUGGAUCAAACAUAAUAACCUCUACUGUAUCCUUCUUGAUUUCCACUGUUUGGUAUUUGCACCCAAGUUUCAUCUGGUCUUUUACAUUUUAUGUACUGGAUUAUAGUUAAAAUUCUUAACACACAUCUCAUCAGUGGUUGCAACAUCCAAGAAAAAUGCUAGCGUCUCGCUGGUCUUCUCCUUCUUGUACAAAAUUGUCCAGGUAGAGUUGUUUUCUAUAACAUGCUCUUUUCUAAGUGAAUUAAGGUGAUAACCAACACCAAAAGAGGCAAACAUGUAUCCUCAAGAAUUUGUACUCUAUAUUAACAGUGAUAGUUGUGCUUACAACUGUUGUCUAAGCACUUUGUAAACUUCUGUUUUUAAAGGUGCUAUAUGAAUAAAAUUAUUAUUAUUAUUAUUAUUAUAACCAAACAGGAAUAUUAAAAACAGUGUCUGUACUUUUCAGGUAUUUUCAGAGUAUUUUAAAGAACUGGAAGAAGAGAGCAUCAGAGAUAACUUUGUCAUCAUAUAUGAGCUGAUGGACGAGCUGAUGGACUUUGGCUAUCCUCAAACCACAGACAGCAAGAUUCUCCAAGAGUGAGUACUCAUUUCUUUAGUAAAUAAAAAGCUGUAACCCAGCAAAUUCUUAAUCGGUAUAAUCAAGGUCCAAUUUAAAUAGCAUACCAUUCUUUUGGUGUUCUUGCAAAACAUAUUGCAAAAUUUUCUGUGUAUCUCUAAAACAGGAAAAUAUAACAUCUUUUUCUCAGAUAUUUUCAUAGAUACACUCAUAAUCAUCCAUAAUUGCUACAAAGGGAGAUAGAUGGAACAUUUUUGGGAAGGUGGGCAUGCAUUCAGAGCAUUAUUUAGUGUUAUGUGUUUAUAACUGAUGCGUUAAGAUCUAUCAAAGAGCCCUCAUCUGUUCGUAGAGGUGCAAAGGUACACAUAAAUAAUCUCCAAGUUGUUUGUUACAGUAAGGAGCUGGAGAAGUAGCACAGAGUGCACUCACUCACAUCACCUCUGAGGUUAAAAAUUAAUAUCAAGCCUCCUGCAGGUUCAGAGAUUAAAAAACUGAAAUGGGCCUUUAGUUAAUAACUACGUCAUAAAUCCAAAACUCAGUUUCAGAAGGGUAGGUCGCUGCUGUCCAGAGUAGUCCACACUGAAAUGUGACAUCACUGUGUGUGCGUUUGUGUGCGGGGGUUUGUGUGUCUACUUGACCCCGCAAGGCUUUGACACACAGACAGCAUAAGUAGUAGGAGGAAAAGAAGCCGUGGAUACAUGUUAAAAAGCUAGUAUGAUUAUUUUAUAACACAAGUGUUCUGGUACAAAUAUUUUCUCGUCAUAUGGCGGAUAACACUCUGAAAUUUACCCACCAAAUGGGAAAUCUGCCAGUAUUUGAGUUAAAAUGUUUUACAGAGGAUAUCUGGGCAGACCUACAAGCCUAAACUGUGAUGCUCACUGUAGAGAAAGUGUUAAAGCUUCUAAUGAAGGAGAAGAUAUUUUCUGUAGUGGGUUUGUCUCCCUUUCACUGAAGGGUGGAUGAAAUCCAUUGAGGCCUUUUCUUUUCUUGUGCCAAAAAAAAUCUUGCUAACUCAGGACACAUGCUGACAUCUGGUGGUUUGUUGAGUUAUAGCAGAUUCUGCACUGAGGGGCCAAAUUAAGUGCUUUAUCUCACCAAUGCAAGAGAAGUCCAGGAUGCUGCAGGAUUUUUAAUACACCUAUGAUAACUGCUCGAAAUAACUUUUUAAAGGCUGAAGAUUUAAAUAACUUUUAAGAUCUUUGCUGAAAGGUUCUGUGUCUAAUGACUGUAAAUGCCACUAAAUUCAAUUUCUUUAUAAAUGCAGCUCAUGUCACUUCAUGUUCGUCACUUUACAAGUUAACACGUCAACAUAUUACUCAACAUCAAUAUUUAAAGUGUUUCAGGAGACAGCCCAUCAGCAUUGUUGUCGUGUUUAUCAGGGUGUUUCUGUUAUUCUUUUACAUGUCUGUCACAGAGUCGAGAUGCCGCACUUAAACAAGCAUCAAACUUGGGUGACGCUAAAUCUAAAGCAUGACAGAAGAUUAGGGACACUUCAAGGAUGAAAAAGAGAGAAAAUUGGGGCUAAAAUACUAAUGAAACAAAAAUGAGUUUUUACUUUGAGGAAUAAAGUUGUUGAUCUACAAGAAAAAAUGGUUUACAAGAAUCAAACUACCGGAUUUAUUUGCAAAUUUACAACAAAACCCUAAAUUAAUGAGAUUUCAUGUGAACUAAUUAGUUCCAUUUUGGGGAUUAAGCUACAUUUUUUAUAAGAAAGAGGUCUGAAAGAGUUGGUAUUAUGUUUUCUUAAAAUUUAGGUGUAAAUAUUAAGUCCAAACACUGUAUUUUAUCAUCGAUUUUACCAUCAUUUUCUCAUGAAAGUUAAAUUCUUCUCACUGACACAUUUUAGGCACAGUAUGUGUCGAUGAAGUGUUCCGUUAUCAACAUCCUUGCGGUUUUUUCAACUAGAGAAUUACAAAGCGUGGGGCCUUCGUUGUGGUGGAAAGGGUUUUUUUUUAUUAAUUGCUGCAGAGCCGUUAAAUCUGAUAUGACAGAUUUCUUGAUCAUUCCAGUGUAUCUGCAAGUCAAAUCGAGGUCGCUGUCCUGGAUGAAUGUUUAAACUCUCAGCGCUGUGGUUUGCACAGAUUUGUGGAUGACCGUUUAAACUUACAGAGCUGUGGUUGAUGCAGACGUAACCAACCUAACUCUGGGUUUCCCCUAGACUUCAGCAAUCAGUCAGAGAUUCCUCCCUGUAGUAACCAUGAGACUCUCUGUUCGUCUUUGAUGCUUUCUGGGAACCUAUACUGCAGACAGUUGAUUUCCCCUUUUCUCCGUUUUGUCUCUGUGUUUACAUUUUUGUCUCUUAGAUACAUAACCCAAGAGGGACACAAGCUUGACACUGGCGCCCCGAGACCCCCUGCCACAGUCACCAACGCUGUGUCCUGGAGGUCAGAGGGUAUAAAGUACAGGAAGAAUGAGGUCUUCCUGGACGUCAUUGAGUCAGUCAACCUCCUGGUAGGAACUCCUUCUUUUAGCAGCGCGGUGUUGCUUAAGGAAUGACAGUGCCUGUAAACUUCCUCCUUGCCUGCGUCAAAACAUUAGCCACACGAAUUUGACCUUUUUUUAUCCCUGAAGUAAAUGCUGACUCUGGUAAUCCUGUGAAUUUUCAGGUUAGUGCCAAUGGUAAUGUUCUCCGCAGUGAGAUUGUCGGCUCCAUUAAGAUGCGCGUCUUCCUGUCUGGGAUGCCUGAGUUGCGGUUGGGCCUGAAUGACAAGGUUCUGUUUGAAAACACUGGAAGUGAGUCUGGCAUUAAACAACUUUCAUCCAUACUGUGUUAAGAACCAUCUAAGGGGAAAGAGAUAAUGUGAUGGAGGAUGUAAUGAGUAUUUAACACCUUUUUAAGGUAGCUGGAGUCAGACAGGUCUUCCAGAACCUUGUUAAAUUGUCCAAUCAUACUGUGUUUGUGUAUCUACACUGAUUGUAAAAGUAACUUGUGCAUGCAAAGACUGUCACUUAAUAUACAGCAGUUACAGUUAUUUUGCUGUUUUUCUACUUUUCAAUUGUGUGUUUGUUUUUCACGCAGGAGGGAAGAGUAAAUCAGUGGAGCUGGAGGAUGUUAAGUUCCACCAGUGUGUCCGUCUGUCUCGUUUUGAAAACGACCGCACCAUCUCCUUCAUUCCUCCUGAUGGAGAGUUUGAGCUCAUGUCCUACCGCCUCAACACUCAUGUGAGCAUCCAACACUUUCCGACUCACUGUGUCUGAUAAUCAGGUUGAUUCCCCUGUAUAUGAGAAGAGCGGCUCAAACUAACACCUGCAAUAGCUCAUUGCCAAUAUCUGCUCAUUUUAAAGGGGUGGUAUUUGUGCACAUUAGGGCUGCUGUGAUACACAAGUAUUGAUAAUAACCGCCUUUAAAAAUAUGAAUUUUGAUAAUGUGCUUCAAAUAAGCAAAGGAUAACACCAUAUAGGUACAUGGUCCAUAUAGUACAGAGCAACAGUGAUAGCCUAGUAUUUUGAAAAUUAUGAUCCUCAGGAAAUAAUACACAAACAUUUAUACUUGAUAACAGUUUGGGUUUUUUGGGUGUUUUCAUUCGGUUUUGUAGUUUACGAUCUACAAUAAUUAAGAUUUACGAUAAUUUUUGUCAGGGCUAAAGUAAUGUGUACAAAGCAACCUUUGAGCAAGACAGUAAAAAUGUCAAAAUAAAAGCAUAACAGACGACGUUUUUACGAGGCAGUCUCCUCUCUGAAGGAGUUUCUGUCAGAACGAAACUUUGAAAAUCAAUUAAAUUAAAAGAGAACAUCUGAGUUUGUAAAAUGUGUUUAAUAGAGAAGUUUACAAAGAAACGUGUCAGUCCAACCUUGUCUUGACUUCCCUUAAUUUGUCCAAUGGUGCUGUCGAUUUUUCCAUAAAUUUUGCAAUGACAAUAAAGUUCAAUCGUAAAGUGCAACCCUAGAGUGUGUAUCAGCAACUGUUGACAAAAUACAACAUUAAAUGAAGCACAAAAACUUUCAGGUAAUCUUAAAACUGUUAUUGUUACAGUUUAUCGACCGAGGAAACCGACAAACCUUUUUUUCCAAAUGUAAAAAGUUUUGCUCAGCAUGUGUGAAACUCAGUCACUAUUUCUGAAGAGUUACAGACGUUUAAAGAACAAUGAAGUUCUUCAAUAUUAAAAAGUUUUAGAUAGAUUAUCAUGGUUCGUCAAAGAUGAAACAUUUAUCAUGUAGGCUGGUUUACAGGCUUGCAGGCCUCAAAAGUACAUUGAUGAUUGGGCAAACAGCGCACGUACCGACCAGUGGUUAUAUUCUAAGGCACAUGUUGCACAAUGAAAGUGAGUUAACUGCCCCCCCCCCCCCCAUCCUAAAGUUUUACGCAAUUCGUGUUUUCCCCUAGAUUUCGUCUCCAGUUUAGACAACAGGAAGCACAUUUUGAACACAGUCUAAACUUGAAUGAAAACUUUUUUCUGUUUUUAUCAGGUUAGAACAUAAAAAAUAUUUGCCCAGUGUCUGUACUAUCAUAAAGCUGUUUAUUGGACCUUUUGUAGUAAUACUUAUUGUCCACCAGGUGGUGACUGUGUCAUAUCUUAUCUCACACUGACAUUUAUGUUUGAUAUUAUUGAUAACACUUGAAAUAACUUGAUUGAAAGUCUGGAUUAAAGAGUGUUUUUUGUGUCGCAGGUGAAACCCUUGAUCUGGAUUGAAUCUGUUAUUGAGAAGCACUCCCACAGUCGGAUCGAGUACAUGAUUAAGGUUAGUCACUUUUCUCUUGUUGCGUCAGUUUUCGUGUCAGUCAUAGCAACAUUGUUGUUGUUUUUAUUGUGACAAAGAGAUUCCAUAGUGAUUAUUAAAAAAGAAAAAGUAGAGGAACAGGAUUCGGCGUCUGUGAAGACCUCAAAGGGAUUAUAACAUGUGAACCAUGACAGCAAAGACCAGCAUGUUGUAACUGAUUUCUGGGACUGACUGGAUCUUUGAGUUUGUAUCUUAUUUUCACACCGUUUUGAUACACAUUUAAAGCUCUCAUUAAGCCCUGGUUUAAUACCUGGUUUGGUCAGGACACCCUGUUUAACUUGACCUGCUCGUUUCUUGGUUUAGGCUAAGAGCCAGUUCAAAAGGCGUUCCACAGCCAACAACGUGGAGAUCCACAUUCCUGUGCCAACGGACGCUGACUCACCCAAAUUCAAGACCACAGUGGGCAGCGUGAAGUGGGUGCCUGAGAACAGCGAGAUCGUCUGGUCUAUCAAGUCCUUCCCUGUGAGCAGAAACCGUGACUCAUGAGUAUGAUAUAGACGGUUUAAAGACUGACGGUUAUAAGUUUUACUUUUGAUUUUGGUCGAAGUUUAGAUGCUUUUAACUUGUUCUCAUGUCAGUUCCUGCACUUGGCCUGAAGUUCAUGUUUAAAUGAAGCUGAUUUGAUUUGGUUUAAACUAUGAGGUUUAGAGUUUGCGCUGUGACUCAUUACAGGGUGGGAAAGAGUAUUUGAUGCGAGCCCACUUUGGUCUGCCAAGUGUGGAGGCUGAAGACAAGGAGGGGAAGCCACCAAUCAGUGUCAAGUUCGAGAUCCCGUACUUCACCACCUCAGGCAUCCAGGUACAUCUCAGCACACACUGUGUACUCAUGUGACUCCUGACAGCCAGAGGAUGAAAUAACUUUAACCUCCAUGUAGCAGCUCAUAGGCAGAGGUUACAUUAGUUCAAACAUAAUCCCCCUGAGAGAAAUAAAGAGUUCAGAUAGGAUUUAAUCACAGGAAGUGUCAGUCCAAGUGUGUGUUGAUCAUUCCUGUUGGGAAACCCUGAGGGACACGACGAAAACAAAUUCAGCACUUUUGUUUUGCUGUCUGUUUACAGUCCAGUGCACAUGCAUGCUUGCAUAGUCCAAAUAUCUUGUGGUUCUCUGUUGUUUCCCUGUCAUCCUUGAUUUAGAAUAGACAGCACGUAGCAGCAGCAGCAGCACCGUCUCAAACAAACGCUCUCUCCCGAGCAGGAAUUCAAACAAUUCAUCUCUGUGCUGGUUUUGUCCAGAGGGGGCAGUAAGGGAGCACAGUUCAGCUGAGAGACUCCUCAUGUGGUGGAGUGUUAAACAAACCAGACUGAGUCAUGGCCCUGUGCCCUCCUGUUAAUCACAGUGAUACAAAACGUCGCUCUUAGUUACACGUAAGAAGAUUUAUUGGAUUUUGAUUGUAAUUCCCAUGAUACUUAAAGAGAAGCUAAUGUUUUUCCCUCAUGUUUCAAAUGAAAACUCGGAGUGACCGCAGAUUUACACAGAUGUGCUGCACCUACUGUGUAAUCACAGUCGUCCUAUGAUUAUGUGUGCAGCACCACCGUAACAUGAACCUACGUUUCCCAAUGUCUUGAUGUGAGGAAACUGCUUGACCUGACAAUCUCUGUUUGAAAAUAUCAUAUUAUUGUGUAGAAGACGAAAACACUGUUUUCAGCAGGGACAAUUACAACCCAUGUUACAUUUUGUAGAUCUCAUUCUCAGGCUGUGCUUGUUUGUCUAAAACCAGAGCGUCUAAACUGAAAUAUUGUCAGGAGACGCUGUACUCAAAAGUUGUAAAUUAGUAGUGCGUUCUAAGAAAUAGGUGUUUCCUUAAGGGAAUAUAGGACACAGGGUUGAUAACACCGCCUCAAAUUACAAGACCUGAAAUGAUAGCUGAAGUAUUUCAAACACAGGAAUCACAGAAAAGAAGUGUUUAUAUAAACCUUAGACUUAUUUCAGUGAUCUUGUAGAUCAAUCAGACCUCACAACAGGUCCUGCAAAUUUCAGAAUAAAGUAUUGUUACUUGAGAAAUAGCUCUCUCUCUCUCUCUCUCUCUCUCUCUCUAGCUUCCUAAAACUUAGAUUUUUCAUACAGAAUAGUCGGCCUAAAACCAAAAACUCAAGAAGGACUGUAAAUUGAUACUGCUACAAGUUUACUGCCCUGGUCGGUCACAGACUUUAUUAAAGUCUUAACAUGUCAUUUUUUUUCUCCAUCUGACUCUCAUUUAAAGAGCUCCAGGUAAUUUUUUCCUCAUUCUCCACAUUUCCUAUGAUAGUCAAUAAAAGGUUAUUAAGUUGUGUGGACAUUAUGCAGCCCACUCGGAAACAAGCCGCUCACUGUGAUGUUAAUUGAAAUAUAUAGUACUUCUAAUUGGGGUGAUUUUGGCAACAUAAGCGCACUUGUAAUUUUCCAGGGUAAUUUGGCAGCUAGAAGAAAUAAACUCACUUUCCUCUCCUCUUCCCUUCAAAUCUUUGCCAAUCUAUAAAUGAACAGAUGCACGAAUAAAAGCAAGUGCAUGAAGUCUCAGUAGAGCAACGAAUGCAGGGUUAGAGUCGGUUUACAGUCCAGAGAAGAAGCCUCGUCCUUAUGUGUUAAAUUUUAAAGAAAAAAAGGCCUCAGCAGUUGAUUUUAUAGAGUUUUCCAUCCAUUUAAUGGCCUCCAGGAUGAGCGACGGGGAGGCAUCCUUCUCCGGUGCAUCUCCCUGGGCAUGCUCAGAGCUGGUCGAGCCAGAUGAGUUAGCGUCGGCAUGCUCGAUCAGUGAGUUGUUGUCAAGGUCUGGGAGAGGGAGACUUUUCUUUGAGUCGGUUUCUUAAGUUUGACCAUUCUUUGAGGUUUUAUAAACAAUUUCCACCAUCUAAAGGUGCAAAAAGAAGUGUUCAAAGUGUUAAAAGCUGAUUUAAAGCACAACCUACUACAUUAGCGCCCCCUUCAACAGUUAAUUUUAUGUCUACAAAAGAGGGUCAGCUGUCACAUUUUUAAUUUUGUCAUGGUUCAAAAUAGAAAAAAGUCUCUUAGUUCAGAACUCUGUUAAGUUUUUAAAUUGUAAGGAAAUAUCUGAAUCAGAAUCAACUUUAUUGUCCUCCAUGGGGGAAAUUUGGACAGUCUACAAAUGCACAUAAAGUUUUGCACAUGAUUAAAGUGACCUGAGUGUUAGGAGGAGUUCAGCUUUCAUAUUUAGAAGAUGGGACAUAACAAGUUUAAGGUUAAGACAACUAUGCCAGAUAAUACAACUUAAUAGAUACAAAUGAAAUUAAAUGAAACCAAAGGUCAUGUUAUACACAGUAGGACCAGGCUUACUCAUCUGAUCGCUAGAUGUAUCCUGUUUUUAGUAGUUUCAGUGAUCUACUGCUGACUUGUUCUGCUGACUCGUUAUUGCACCUUUCCAGCGUGUCAUCCCCGCUCUCUGCCCUAUUUCCUGCUCUAUUUACUGUCUUCUGUCAGCCAAUAAAAGCCCAGAAAGAAAUCUUAAAGUAAAUAAAUGAAUGAAAAUGAUUUCACCACCCAUACAAAACAGUUUAUGAUCAUAAAACUUCUCUUCUUCAAAAGUCGAGAUGCUUUAUUUUAAAAUCAGGUUUCAGAUUAAAGUUAUAUGCAACAUAAACAUGUAUGCAAUUGCCCAGAAGUGCUUAUAAAAGUAGAAAAUAAACAGGAAUAUAAAGAAUAGAGUGGAAAAGAUAAUGUAGAUGAAAUAAAUGCAUCAGAUGCACAUGCAAUGUGUCAGAUUUUAGUUUCUCCUAAUCCUCUAAAUAUUUCACAUUUUAACUCUGUUUUAAAGACAGAGCCGUUAGAACUGUUGACUACUCUGUUGAAUUGAGGUCAGUAGACAGUCUGAACGUUGACUGAAUCGAAAAACAUGCCAAAACUUCUGAAAGUGACCAAAUGUCAAAAGCAGUUUUUUUCUUCUGUUAAAUUUGUAUUUUCUUCAACGGUCUAGAAGGAAGCCACCUGAACAAAUCUGAUUCUGAAAACCACAGCGCACCCCAGGGGACUUUUCGAUGUGACAUCUGAAAAUAUGUACCACUUUGUAGUUGAGUCACUGAUUUAAUACUAAAGCACCGCACAUGACUUUUUAAAAAUCCUAUCGUAACGUAAAAAAAAACAUCUUUUUUACUCUACGAGAUCCAGAGCUUUACUGGGAACUACACAUAAGAUCUACUCCCUCUCCGUCCCACAGUCUGAACUCUUUCCUCGUGUUUGUGAUCCCUCUGCGGUGCACUCAUCAUAUCAGAGGUGGCCUAUUAAGAGCAAUAUUCCCAUCGAACUCACAUGCCGGGCCUUAAACCUUCCCCUUAUUACAGGGCAGCAGCAGCAGACUGGGUCUCAAGACUCUAAUGCAACACUCUCCGAGUGAGAAGAGGCCGUGUGAAGUUUAAUUAGACGCAUGUCAAUAUCAAAGCAUGAGAAAGUUCCUCUUAACUCCACCACUAAGUGCAGGGGACAGUACAUGUCAUGUGUGCAUAAUGCACGUCACUGCACCUUGUAAAUUUGACUGGAAAUGGAGGAACCCCUCACUUUGGCCGGGUGGCAGUGAGAGCAGAACUGUAGUUACUUUCUCAAAUCUCCUGUCUUUAGGUGAUGUCGAGGGAAGCCAAACAAGCUGGCAGAUACUUUUAGGGGCCAUGGCUUCGACCGAAAGCCUGAUAAAUCCAGACCACACAUGUAGUCUGUACUUACCAAACGCGAUACAACAAACAUCCUCCGUGCCCCUUCUCAUCUUACAAGCCAUAAUGAUAUUUUGCGGAGGAUGGCUUCUGGUGGCGUUUUGCUGACUGCGUAGCCACGGUCAGGCCGGCUGCAUGUUUGGCUGCUGGGUUGAGAGAGAAGUUGCUGCGCAGGCAAACCGUCUGAUCCUGUGUCUAUGUGUUUGUCGUCAUGUGUCUGGUGGCCAAGGCGCUCUCUCUCGCUCUCUCUCUCUCUGACCUCACUGUGUAGUGGAAGGUAAUAACAAGGCGGCCACUACCGAGGACCGCCAUCUCCCGACCCACAAAUUCCUGCUCUGUCUGCCCCGCUUUCAGCUGAGAACCAGCGACAUUUCCCAGAGAGGGGUCGUGUCAGCCCUAAAAUGGCCGCGCUGGUAUCCCUGCUAAUUGUGAGAGAGCGGAUCUCGACUUUUUUUCUUCGCAGAAAGUUUUGUGUGAAAGUUUGAACAUAGAGAUUUGUAAUUAUCGUCGUGACGGAACAGAUACUGCCACCGCAAGAUGAAAUGUCAAACCACAAAGGAGCGAGUCCUUAAUGUUAUAGUGGCUGAACUGUAAAAGAGAGGAUCACUCGAAUCAAUUAAGGACAUUUUGACUUUUAUCAACAAGAUGGACGGGCUGUGUUGUUUUUUUCUCCACCUGACUUGUCAAAAAUGUGGGCCAUCAUGUCCAGGGAUGGUCAGUGUCGGGUUAUUUUUAGAGCGUCUUCUCGUAACUCAUCUGUGUGGUAACAUGGGCUGUGGUGAAAUAUCAGUUAAUGGCUUGUGAAAGUUGUAUCUCAGUAAUGCUAAUGCUGCAUAUUUUUUCCUCUCAGCCCUAAAAAACAGCUUGUUACAGUUAUGUAAAUUCACUCUGUAUGUCCCUUGAAAGCUGUUCUGUUUUUGCUUCCUCCUUCUCAGGGUGACUCAUACUAUAGCUUCCUCAUCAACACCACUCUUACUACAACUUACAACUUUCACCCUGCAGAGCACUCCACAGAAAAUCUAACUUUUGAGUCUUGAAUACGGGCUCCCUGCAGGACUGAAAGGAGGCUCUGAAAAGUUUAGAGCUGCUGGUUUGCAAAGGCACAACAGAGACGAGAGUCAAAAUAUUUUAUAAGAGAACUUCAUUAGUAUUUGAUCUAGCACUCUUCACCUAGGAUGUCAUUAACUUAUUUUAUUAUGACUCCCAUUUAAGCACACAUGCACCAGCUGAGCAGUGAGACAAGCACAAGGAUUGGUGCACAGGGAGAGGAAGGUUUGCACAAGAAGAAAUAUUACCUUCUAGUGUGAUAAGUGGACAUUUACCCAAGGCUUAUAUUAGUUUUGAUUUCUUAUCAAAGGACUUACCUGGAUACAAUUUCAAAAUAAAAGCUCUGUGAAAACAGUGACAGUCCGCACAGGGAAAAAGAAACGAUGGGUUUUUAUUUUUUGCCACAAACCCAAGCAUGAUUAGGGUUAACCUAAACUGUACCUUAUAAUUUAGAUAAACAAACCCCAUUUUUAUGAAUAAAAAGGACCCAUUGUUUGUAUAAUGAAACAAUCAUUCUGUAUACUUAAAUAGUCUACUAACAGAAAAUGAUAGGAUGCACAUGUUAAUGUAGAUUGUGCCCUUGGUGCACUGGGUUAUGCAAAAGAAAUGUAUUAAUUGUAUGCUUGUUUUAUGUCAACUGAUGAUUCUUUAAAAACUAUUUUGAUGCUAAAAAGUUGUGUCACCUUUUAAGAUCGUGCAGUUAACAAAAAAAGUGCAUGUAUUUUCAUGAAUCGAUAUUUUUUUCAGUUUUGAUUUGUUGUCUUGGAUGUCUUUUACAUUACCUUUAGUGUUUCGAUUAUUUAAUAUCCAUUUUGUCAACAUUUUGCACAUCUACUAUGGAAAUGUGGUUCUGCUUUUGUUAAUUCCAGUUUGAACACGUUAGAUUCUCUUCUCCUAUCGACCAAACACGCCAAGGUUUUAGCACUUAGAUCACCAGCUAGUCUUCCUUGCAGUGUGCACUGAAAAGGCCCCAGCCACACUGUGGUACCUUGCAGGAUAUGUUUAGACUGUAGAUAUAAAACAUCCAGAAGUCAUCAUGUUGCUAUCUAUUAAGUUAAUUUGUGUGAACACAAGCAUGUUUUGUUCAUCAUGAGAGAAAAAGUUGCAUCAUAUCAGAGAAUUCAGUGUUUGAAGAGCUGUUGCACAGUUAUUUUGCUCUGUUUAUGUUUACAUCAGUCGCUCACCUCUGUUUCCCUCUGCAGGUGCGUUACCUAAAGAUCAUUGAGAAGAGUGGGUAUCAGGCUCUGCCGUGGGUGCGCUACAUCACCCAGAACGGAGGUAGGUCAAAAAGUUCAGCAGUACUUGUUGUACAGAGUGCCCAUAUGUGCAGUUAUUAGGCAACAGUUGGGCAAUACAAUGCAAUGUGGUGGGAACCAGCUCUGAAAUGAUGCAGUUCUAUGAAAAGGGGAUACACUGUAGAACAUGAGGCAAUGUGGCAACGUCCUGCGAAAUGUGAGAAAGUGAACUUUUUCUCUUUUUUUUCUCUCUCUCUCUGUUCUUGACCUUCGCUGGUCUUCAUACUGACAUUACCAAGGUUGCACAUGUUGGUCUUUUCGCUAAUGUUGCCACUAAUUGCCAAACAUCCUCAUCUCAUUUCCUUUAUAUUUUAUUCACUUUGGGUGGAAAGCAUCAGCUGCCUCCUCUUGAUUUCUCUCAUUUACACUUUUCCUUCAACAUUCGAUUAAGUCCUCUUCAUUUCCUCCACAGAUUACCAGCUCCGGACCCAGUAGGCAGCAGGCUGUAAGGCAGGUGGAACUCAGAAAGGGGGGAGGCGGAGUUGAACCACUUGUCUGCUAACGAUGGCAGGUGUCAGUCAUGAGGUCAACUGUCAGUAUCUGCAUUUUUUUUUUUUUUGUAUUUGUUGAAGGUAUAUUAAUUUCUGAUCAAUGCAAAUAUUAGAUGGAGCCUUCGGUUAGGAAAGAUUUCAAUAAAAGAAGUAAUUCUGAUGUACGACUGUGAGCGAGGCCAAUGAAAGUAGGAGCGAAGUUUACAUCCAUACAUCCAUUUCAAGAGAUAAACCUUUCACAGUGGGUCAGACAGUAUGUUACAUUAGCCAUCCAGAGUUACUGUAACCACCAUCACAGGUUCAAAACACACGUUCUGGUCAGUCGGAUAUAUGAAGCUGCUUUGUUCUGCUACAAUUCCUAUUUGUUGAUUAUCUGUAUAUAUUUGUUACAUGUUAAUGAAAUUCAAUUCAGUGUUAUUUGUUGUAAAUUGAAAAAGCUCACUCUUCUUCUUUUUGUACCAUUACCUCCAUGUGAUGCCAUUGAAACAUGCCAGAGCGAUGCCUUCCUGCAUGGCUGUUGUGCUUUCUAUUUGUCGGCGUGACUCCUCAGACAUUCAGCUUUGCAUAUAAACAUGAAAGUGUGGUCAUUUAAGUUCAACAGUGAAGCGAAUACCAGUUACAGAUCCCCGUUUUCCACUCCGACACCUGUUCCCCCUUCUCUCCUAUGUGUAACCACGCUGUUUUAAAUCAUUAAAUGUCUAUUUAGAGAAAAUUU